GCUCUGGAUAACCUUGAGGAGCUUGAUUUCAUCAACCAUCUGUUAGAGAAACCACAGCGGGCAUUGAUCCUCCGCUUCUCGCCCACCCUCCGUGUUGCCAACAUUGGUGGAUGCAACCUCUCGGACGUCAACUUCCAUGAGCUCCACCUUCACUUCCCCUUGCUUAAGCAACUCGGUCUUGUAAAUGUCAUGAUCUCGGAGAGCUCGCUGCAUAGCCUGAUUGCCGGGUGCCCAGCUCUCGAGUGCUUGAUGAUUGACAUGUGCUCUGGCUUCCGCCGCAUCCGAAUAAACUCCCCAACUAUUAGAUGCAUGGCUGUGAGAGAAUAUGGGAUACCGAUAGAGUCACUGCUGCUUGAACAAAUCGUCAUUGAGAAAGCUCCUUGUCUUGUGAGGCUGCUCUUUGAGAGGGGCAAUAUUCUGCAGGUAACCGUACUCGCAGCUCCUAAACUGGAGACUUUAGGCUUCAUUAGUGAUAAGUGCAGGUCAGGUGAAUUGUCCAGACUCAUGAUUGGCUCCACUAUUAUUCAGGUAUGUCCUAUGGCUUCUCAGUUGCAUUUCUAUGCGCAGAAAAAUUGCCUAUCACCUGACCUGUGCACUGGCCUAAUAUUGUGGCUUUCAUACUUGAUAAAGGGAUUGUGUGUUGAUAACCUGAUAACAGUGGUACAAACUGUCAAGAUUUUGGCUCUUGAUAUGCACAAUCUUAGUUUGGAUACUGUUAUUGAAUUGAUGAGAUGCUUUCCGUGCUUGGAGAAGUUGAGCAUUCAGUCAUUUCAAUCAAGACCGGGGAAUUUGUGGCGUCGUAAACACCGGAAUCUGUUAAAAUGUUUUGACAUGAGUCUGAAGACGUUAGUGUUACAACUAUAUCGGGGGAAGAAGUCGCAAAUUAACUUUCUUACAUUCUUUGUAUUGAAUGCGAAAGUGCUAGAGUCAGUGACACUUGGCAUCACAACCAGGAAUAACAAUGAGAAGUUCUUGGUAAAACAACGCAGGAAGCUUGAGCUAGAGAACAGGGUUUCCAGAGAUGCUCAGUUUCAUUUUAGAACUGGUAGUUGUGUCCGCAGUUCUUAUGAUAUCAAGCAUAUCGGUGAUUUGGAUUUAACUGAUCCAUUUGCACAUAUGUAGCUACUUGUUCUUGCCGGUUGGCCUAUUUCAUUUUGUGUGUUGUCAAACCUGAGUGGUUAGCGUGUUUGUAGUACCUUUUGAGUUUGUAUCAUCUGGUACCUUAGUAGAAUUCGAGAGACUAUUGUUUAUGAUACUUUUGUCAGACGGGCCACAUGUUUGCAACCCUGUGCUAGUUUACAUUAA